AGAAGCGGCCUGGUGAAGCCCUGGCGAGUGCGGCGGCUGUUAGUUGAAGUUGCCUGGGAGCCACCAUGUCUUUCCGCGAUCUUCGGAAUUUUACUGAAAUGAUGAGGGCUCUGGGCUAUCCCCGGCUCAUUUCGAUGGAGAAUUUUCGCACUCCAAACUUCGUGCUGGUGUCAGAAAUGCUCCUUUGGCUGGUGAAAAGAUAUGAACCUCAGACUGAUAUCCCUUCAGAUGUUGAGACGGAGCAGGACCGGGUAUUUUUCAUUAAGGCUGUUGCUCAGUUUAUGGCAACCAAGGCUCACAUAAAGCUCAACACCAAGAAGCUAUACCAAGCAGACGGCUACGCGGUGAAGGAGCUGCUGAAGAUCACCUCUGUGCUUUACAACGCCAUGAAGACCAAAAGGAUGGAGACCACUGCGGUGGGUGAAGAAGAGACAGGCAAAUUCAAAUUCGACCUUGGCUCAAAAAUUGCUGAUUUGAAGACAGCCAGGCAGCUUGCUUCAGAAAUCACUUCGAAAGGAGCAUCUCUGUAUGAUUUACUGGGCAAAGAAGUGGAGCUGAGGGAAAUGAGAACAGAAGCAAUUGCCAGACCUCUGGAGAUAAAUGAGACUGAAAAGGUGAUGAGAAUUGCCAUCAAAGACAUUUUGGAGCAAGUCCAGAAAACCAAAGACAUGCUGAACAACGUGGCUUCAGAUGAAGCCAGUUUGGAGGCCAAAAUUGAAAAAAGGAAAUCAGAGCUGGAAAGGAAUCACAAGCGGCUGCAGACUCUGCAGAGUGUUCGCCCAGCCUUUAUGGAUGAAUAUGAGAAGAUUGAGGAGGAAUUGCAGAAACAGUACAGCUGUUACCUGGAGAAAUUUCGUAACCUUUCUUAUCUGGAGCAGCAAUUGGACGACCAGCACCGAAUGGAGCAAGAGAGAUUUGAGGAAGCAGAGAACACCUUGCGUUUGAUGAAGAACAAGCUGAAGGAGGAAGAGAAGCGUUUGCUGAAGAGUGGAAAUAAUAACAAUGACUCCGACAUCGAGAUCCGCGAGGACGAGGGAUCUGACAGUGAAAUGGAAGACGGGCAGUUGAUGAAGCAGCACACGGCCAUGGAGAUGCUGAUGCAAGGGAGACCGAGCAAGCGGAUCGUAGGAACAAUGCAAGGUGGAGACACAGAGGAUGACGUCGGGGCAGCCCCAGCCCGAGCCAGUAAACGCAAAGCUUCCAGAGCCAAGGCGAAGGAGGACUCGGAGGACAGUGAGAUUGAUCUCGAUGACGACGACGACGAUGACGACGACGACUUGGAAGAUGACAGCAUUGACAUCACCCCCAACAAGGCCAGCCGGAGGGUCCGGAAGCCGGAACCGCUGGAGGAGAGCGAUAAUGACUUCUGAGCAGCCUUGCAGAAGGGGAGCGGCUGCAGCAUCUCCUACGGUAAUUCUUGGGGAGCUCAGACAUCCCUCUCAGACAGGACUUAUUCUAAAAGGAGCAAUGGAAACAGUACCAGAGAAGUAAUAUAUCUUGGAGAUGUAUGCAGCUCAACUCCUUUGCUGUCACGAAGCCCGACUUGCUUUGAAACGAAGCCAGAAUUGAGGUCAGUUCUCUGAUAUUUUAGGAACGGAGCCCUUAAAGUUCCAUGGUGCCAAAAGGUUUAAGAGUCCCCAGCAAGACAGGCACACACACACACACCUUCAGUCACACUUACAAUCUAGUAGCAAAAAGCAAUUUAGACUCCAGGAAAAAAACACCUGUUUGCUUUUUUUUAUACAUGGCAGGUGAGCAUCCAAGAUGAAUGCAAAACGGGAUUGGUCUCGGGCUGCUGUAGAGAAGUUUGUUGUACAAAAGCCCGACGCCUUCCGGCCUCUUUAUUAGGCCUUCUUCAAGGGGGUGUAAUAAGGUCUGCAGAAAUGAUUAACAACGUAUUGUAACGACGUAUCGUCUUGUGAUGGCAGUCUCGUUGCCAUUACAAGGCAAUUUGUUGUUAAUCAUUUCUCCAGGCAUGACUACAACCAUUUGAAGGAGGCCUAAUAAAAAAAGCAAGAGGCCGGAAUAUGUCGGGCUUUUGCGCAAUAAACUUUUUUGCAGCAUCCUGAGAUUUCUAUCAAUUUUUGUGUUCCUUUUUGAUACAAACAUGGGAUCAGAAUUGUUUAUGGAUAAUUCAGGAUAUGUUAACAUUGAGUUCACGUCUACAGACGUAAGACUAAACAAAUAACCAAAAUGCCCCGCUAUCCUUAACAGAAAGAGAAGGAAUGACUUCUUUUGCCAAGGACUAAGGCAAGCUGUAACCCCGCAGCUGAGGCAAAGGAAACUUUUCCUUCCUUUUGACUGAGUUUAAUCUCUAAUUGACUUCUUGGCCAUCUACAAGGGCAAAACACACCGAGGGCCAGCUGCCAUCUUGGCAUAAAGGGAGAUCUAGGAAAGACGGUUUUUAAACUAAGGAGUUAACACCAAAUCCUCUCCACGUAAGUCUAUCCUAAUGUAAGACCGGGUUUAGUCAACCUGGUUUUCCCCAAACAAGUUUUCAUUACUUCAAAAACAAUAAUUUAAAAGGCAUACAAGCUUUGCUUCGUUUUUGUUAUUCUCAGCCAGCAAUUUUUUUC